GAGAUUAAUGGAAGCUAAAUAUAUAACACUGUUUUAUAAACACAUGUGGGUAUCCUGAGAUAUACAGAGAGCCGGAAUAGUCGGCGAAGUGUUCAGUAUUAGCGAGCAAGAGCGGGCGAUAGACGCAUUAGAGAGUCAUCCAUUCUACGACGUCAAGAAGAUUGCUCAUCAAACGAACCGGUCUAACAGGAUGUUUACUGACAUUCACAUAAGUAGUCAUUUGGUUAAUACUCGAAGUAGCUAACAUCUGAUUAAAAAAAUUGUCGUAUUCGUAUAGUGAUACAAUGUAUCAUUGUAUGCGUGGAAGUGUGCGCAGUUUUGCUGCAUGAUUAUACUAUCAGUAUUUAUUUAUAACAGCCAUUUGCAUGGCGUAGAUAAUUUCUUUAAGUGAAUCCGAAGGAGGGCGUGAUUAUGUCAAUUCUCAGUAAGAAGAAUUUUUUUGCGAGACUCUCCGGCAGUCGUCUGAUGCGAGAGGUGCCGAGAAUAGAAACCGUCAACAACGGAACACCGUCUAUGAUCGGCAACAAGGAAGAGUGCGAGGACAUAUGGAUGAAUGAGAUCAACGAUGGCGGCAUUUCCUCCGAAAACAGUUCGGAUUCCGUCACUUGUCACAUAUCGACGGCACCAAUUACGCAGGAGCAACCCUGGGGCAAGGAGGAGAUCGAAGUAGCGCUAUCGAAUCUUCCAGGGGGCAAAGUCGCCCUUUCCCUGAUUCGUGCUCUUCAAGAUGACGCUCUGCAAAAGGCUUUAAAGGAAUUUCAAAGCUUGACUCUCAACGAAACUGUGAACUGUAGGCAUCGGAAGAUGCCGUUGCCUACAUUCGCGAACGGGUUUAUGCGAAAGGCUCUGUUAGCCAGCGAAAAUGAAGCUGCGGCUGCCGCGACUCCGGGUCAGCUACUUGCAGGAUGGUCAGACACAUGUCUGCUAAUUUCUAGCUGGUUGGGUCAUGUGGAGAUCGCGAAGGCUUUGCUGGAUAAUGGCGCGUCAGUUUCAGCGAGUGACUGCGACGGAAGGACGCCGUUACAUCUGGCAGCUUGCGCCGCAUCCGUGAAACUCGUAGAAGAAUUACUGAAGCACAGCGCCGAUCCGCACAAAUGGGAUCUCGAGAAGAAAUACACGCCGUUGCAUUGCGCUGCAGCAGCGGGUUGCGUCGCUACCGUCAAAUGCUUGAUCAAAUCGGGUGCGAAUGUGGACGCCGGAUUGUCCGGCAAGAGCCCGCUCCACUACGCUGUGCUAAACAACGCUGGGGAUUGCGUGGAAGCGCUACUGCAAGCAGGUGCUUGUCCUAAUAAUCCACAGGUUUACACAGAGACACCUCUGCACGUGGCGGCUAGUUUGGGCAAUGUGCAUUGCACUAAACUGCUAUUGAAUCAUGGGGCGGACGUGAGAGUGCAAUUAGGAGCCGCGAGGUCAACGCCUCUGCACCUGGCAGCCGAAGAGGGAAGUAUGGAAUGUACCAGAUUAUUACUGAGCGCCGGUGCGGCCUGGGAAGCGAAGAAUGCGCGCGGUCAGACGGCGAUGCACUUGGCAGCGCUUGCUCAAUCCGUAGAAACAUUAGAAGUAUUGAUAAAUGCCGGUGCAAAAGUCAAUGUAGAAGAUGGCGAUGGACGAACUCCUCUACAUUCCGCAGUCGCGAAAGCCCUGAGAAGCUCUGAACUGGUCAAAAUUUUAAUACAGGCAGGUGCCACGAUCAACACAGCGGACAAGUUCGGUUACACGCCACUGCACAUCGCGGCCUUAAACGAGAGUACGCCCACAGUGUUAAUGUUGCUAUCGAAGGGCGCCGAUGUGACAGCGCGCACCAAAGGUGGCGUAACCGCCCUUAGUUUUAUUAUACGCCGCACUCCAGAUGUAUUGAAGCGCUUCAUGGCGCGCUUCGAUGAAGCGAUUUCGUUGCACGAUCAUGAGCUGGGAGACGUGGACUGCGAACUGCGACUGGAUUUCCGGCCGUUGGUACCGGGCGGUCGUGGCGAGACGGAAUUAAUGCUCUGUUUGGUGGAGGUCGGUCAAGGCCAAGUGCUGAAACAUCCGUUGUGUGAAAGUUUCCUUUACCUCAAGUGGCUGCGUAUCCGCAAGUUCUUCCUGCUUAGCGUGUUGUUUCAUUUCAUUUUCGUUGGUCUUUUCACCGGUUACGUUUGCGAAACAUAUCUCCCGGACAAGAAACAAUUCAGCAAUGUCCUCCUCUGGCCCGUGCUAGGUUUCACCUGCGUGCUCGCAGGAAAGGAAAUCUUUCAAAUCGCUCAUGGUAUCUGCAGCUACGUAAAACGGUGGGAGAAUUGGCUGCAGUGGUGCGUAAUCAUAGCAUCCGUCUUUAUUCUGAUUCCGACAACACAAAUUUGCAACUUGCAGCAUCACGUUGCUGCCUUGGGUGUUGUGCUGGUCUGGAUCGAGUUAAUGAUGGUAAUCGGUCGUUUUCCUAUGUUCGGUAUCCACGUACAAAUGUUCACCCAAGUGUCUAUCAACUUCUUCAAAUUUGUGGCAGCUUAUGUUUGGCUUAUAAUCGGCUUUGCCUUUGGCUUUACUGUGCUGCAUAAUAACUACAAAUCCUUCACCAAUCCAUUUAUCAGUCUGCUCAAGACGGUGAUCAUGAUGUCAGGCGAACUCGAAUUCGAGGAUGUCUUCUUCCCGGAGAAUAAUACAGAAGAGAAUAAUAAAGAAGAGAAUAAAAAAGAAGAACUUCAAUAUCCCGGCACAGCUCACCUGAUGCUCCUCAGCUUCGUUAUUCUAGUGACAGUAAUCCUGACGAAUUUGAUGGUCGGUCUAGCCGUGUCAGACAUUCAAGAGCUUCGCAGAUGCGCCGGACUCGAUCGACUGGUACGCCGUGCCGAACUCGUGGCUCAUUUCGAGAAUAUGCUGUUCUCCAAGCUUCUGGAUCAGGCUCCAGCCAAGAAGAUAAUACAAGUGUGCAGGAGGGGCGCUCUGCUAUUACGUCCGCCGCAUCACUGCGCUUUGCACAUUCGGCCGAACGAUCCGCGUGAAAAGCGUCUACCGCGAGAGCUCGUUUGCGCGAUAUAUCGCUUAGUAAGCGAGAGGAAAACGCGGCGGACAACGUUCAGAGAAAUACAUUUCGCGCCACCGUUGCCACGAAAUGCGAACGCCACCGCGACAGUAAAUAACGCGAGGUUCAGUAGGAUGUAUAGCAAUGAGAGCAACCAGCAGCAGCUGAACGAGUUGGCGGCCGAGCUGAAGAGAUGCUCAUACAAUAUCAGCAUGAGGUUGGAUAGCUUGACCGAUAAGGUGGAGAACAUCGCCAGAGACUUGAACAUGUCAACACAUUUACAUUAACGUUGCCUAACUAAUGUUGUCUCAUCGAGCAAAUCGAAUUAUUUAAAAAGUAAGUAAAAAGACCCUAAGAACCUAGCAAUCUGAAAUGAGAAAUGCGAACUUAAGACGAAAGAAUUGACAAGACCUAAUGAUAAUUCAAUGGAAAUAGAAAUGUAACAAACGACGCAUUUUCAAUCAGGACAAUCUAUUCUUAUGUAACUUUGCUGAGUUCUCACCAGUAAUCUGGCUUUGUACUGCUUCCCAGAUUGCAGCUGUACAGUAGCGAAUUCCAUGGACGUCUUUGGGAGUUUUACAUCAACAACCUUAGAUUCAUUAAUCACAUUAACAUUUUCCUUUUCAGAGAGUUGCUUGUUGACUGCGUGUAACAACAGGUCACUCUCGACUAUAUAGGCCAAUUCUUUGUUGAACAAAUCAUCAUUGAACGUUAUCAUAGCAUCGGAACACGCUUCCCAUACCUGUUGAAAAAAUUAUACUUAAAUAUCACAGAAUUUCUAAUUUUAUAUAACAAAAGAAUAAAAUAGUAAAAAUCAGAA